GUCACGUGAGCGGCGCGCGGGAGAUGGCGGCGCCGGGAGCGGCGGGACGCCCCGGGGGCGGCAGUCGAGGCGCGGCGGCGGCUGAACGGCCCGGCCCCGGCUGCGGGGACCACGGCCCGGCGGCGCCCAGCGCCGUCCCCCGCGGGUGGCAGCGGGUGAGCAGCCGCAGGCGGGCGGGCAGGACGGCCGGGAGGAUCGACGUGUACUUCAUAAGCCCUGAAGGGAAGAAGCUGAGGUCAAAACGAGCACUUGUGGAGUAUUUGCAGAAAGCUGGGGAGACAACCCUGAAAGCAGCAGAUUUUGAUUUUGCGGCUCCUCGAGAGAGCACACGCUCAGGACCGAGGGGAUGCGGCACGGGAGCCGCGAGGACUGACCUGGGAAAGGACUGUGAUUGUCAGAGCGAAGUGCAGGGGCUCCGUGCCCAGGAUGGUGCUGCGGUUGGAAUUCAGAACAUCCAGGCUGGGAGUGGGCACCUGGAAGAGGCUGCGUCUCCUCAGGAGGGCGCAGAUGUAGUAGUGGUAGGCACAAACCCAGAGGAGAGGUUGCAAACCAGCAGAGAGAGGGCAGAUGGGAAGAGUGGCCAAACUAGGAAACGGGAGAAGGGCUCAGAAAGGAGCAACCCAGGUGACCCCAAGAGGCAGAGAAGAAUCUCUAACACACGGGAGACCAAGAGGGUCCGGAGACAGACUGACACGCGUGGGGCUGACAGCCAGGGCGGGGCUGAGCCCGGCGCCGCCCCUGCGGGCGCAGGCACGGCGCUGUCAGCAGCGCCCGGGGCACGGCUCAGGGCAGGGGCACGGCUCAGGGCAGCGGCUGCCUGGCGGGGCGAGCUGGGGCCCCUGCCAGAGGAGGGGCCACGCCCCGGUGGCACUCCUGCUGCACGGCCCGAGGAGAAGCCCUGUGGACUGGAGACAGGGCCGGUGCCAGGCCCGGGGGGCCCGGGUGAGCAGGCUGGUCCCUCUGACGCCAAGGAGGACGCGGAGCCGCGGGACAGGACGAGCUUGGCAGCAGCCAGAGUGUCACCAGAAGAGUCUGCCCCACGAACACAAGUGGAGAGAAGGAAAACAAGUCCCUAUUUUUCCAGUAAAUACAGCAAAGAAGCCCCCAGCCCACCCAGAAGGAAGGCGCUCAGAAAAUGGACUCCUCCACGUUCUCCUUUCAAUCUUAUCCAGGAAACACUCUUCCAUGACCCCUGGAAGCUUCUCAUUGCCACCAUAUUUCUCAACAAAACUUCAGGGAAAAUGGCCAUUCCAGUGCUCUGGGAGUUCCUGAAGAAGUAUCCUUCUCCUGAGGUAGCCAGGGCUGCAGACUGGAAAGAAAUGUCAGAGCUGCUCAAACCUCUGGGCCUCUACGAACUCAGAGCCAAAACCAUCAUCAGGUUCUCAGGUGAGUACCUGAGCAAGGCGUGGCGGUACCCCAUCGAGCUGCACGGCAUUGGCAAGUACGGCAACGACUCCUACAGGAUCUUCUGUGUCAACGAAUGGAAGGAGGUGCAGCCGCAGGACCACAAGUUGAACGUGUACCACACGUGGCUGUGGGAGAACCGGGAGAGGCUGAGCAUCGACUGAGCUGAGCUGGGGCUGACCUGGCCCCACCACCUCCCCUCGGCUGCCCUCACAGUUCUGGGUGUAAAUACUUCUGUGCUGUCAUGGCUGGAGUCACUGCUGUUUUUUAAUAAACAUGUCCCUGUUUUGUA